AUCACAAAAUAUGCAAAAAAUAUAAUAAGCUGCGAAUGACUCUAUAAGCUUGAUAGAUAAACUUAAUAACUAGCAAGGCAUUUUUCGUUCAGCCUUAAAUCGAAUGAAGCAUAAUGCAAAAUAGCUUACCAAAAUUAUAUGUAUGUUCAAAUUUGUGAUACAAACGAUAUGCAAAUCGAAAACGUUGAAAACAUUGAGUUGCGAUUACUCGGAUAUCUAUUUGAGGGUGGAAUACCGAAUUCGGCACAAUUACAAAAAUUCAGUCCAUCCAUUUACAGUCGACAGUUACAAUCAGGCGAACCAAUUUAUGCAAUGGUAUUCAAACCGCAUAAUUACAAAAUUACCAAAAGUGCAAACUGUUAUCAAUACAUUGAAGGAAUAGAGAUGCCGCAAUUAAAGACAACAGUCAAUCCGGAUUUGGAAAGAGAACGACAAAAGUGUACAUUUGAUGUUGAAGAGUUAGCACGAUAUUGGAUUGGAGAUCAAACUAAAUUAGAAGAGAAGAGAGCUCGUGAGGAUUUCUUCUUAAACGAUCCCGAAUUGCAAGACGAAACACCGCCAGCUUAUUUAUCUCAUAAAGAAUUGUAUGAGUAUGCAAUUCGAAAAUCAACGAUAGUGUUCAAAAAGAUAAAACAAUUGCAAGAAGAAGGCAAAGAUGGUGUAGAUAAUUAUCUAGCAUUAUUGGGUGGACAAUUGGGAUCAGGCAUAAUUAAAGAGGGAAACCCAUUCGCUGUACAUUUUGCGAUGUUUGUUCCAACGAUUUUGGGUCAAGGAACUCUAGAGCAGCAGGGUGAAUGGCUUGGCCGUGCAUGGAACAUGGAAAUUGUCGGUACAUAUGCACAGACCGAACUUGGUCAUGGAACUUUCAUUAGAGGUCUUGAAACUCGGGCAACUUAUGACGAAAAAACGGAAGAAUUCGUAUUGCAUAGUCCAUCUAUAACUGCCUAUAAAUGGUGGCCGGGAGGAUUGGGACAGAGUUCAAGUUAUGCGGUGGUUGUUGCUCAACUAUACACAAAGGGUGAAUGUCAUGGUAUUCAUCCAUUUAUAGUGCAAUUACGCGACGAAGACACUUGGGCACCGAUGCCAGGAAUAAAAAUUGGAGAGAUUGGACCAAAACUUGGUUUGAAAAGUGUAAAUAAUGGAUAUUUGGGAUUUGACAACGUACGAAUACCGCGUAAAAAUAUGCUUCAAAAAAAUGCCCAGGUUAAGGCAGAUGGCACUUAUGUGAAAUCACCGUCUUCCGUUUUAACAUACGGCACAAUGAUGUUUGUACGUGUGGUUAUUUUGCGUGAUGUAUCAGGUUCACUUUCAAAAGCAGUGACAAUCGCAACACGGUAUUCGGCUGUCCGGCGACAAAGUCCAAUCGAUCCAAAUGAGGUUGAGCCACAAGUUAUCGAUCAUGUUACCCAACAAUAUAAAAUAUUCCCGAAUAUUUCCAAAGCUUUUGUGAUUAAAUUAGUUAGUGAUUAUAUUUGGGAUAUGUACAAUCAAGUUACAUCUGAACUAGAUCGUGGAGACUUGGAACGUUUGCCCGAAUUGCAUGCGUUAGCAUGUUGUUUGAAAGCAGUUUGUACCGCAGAUGGAGCAGGUGCAAUUGAACAGUUACGAUUAGCUUGUGGCGGACAUGGAUAUAUGGACUGUUCAAAUAUGCCAUCAACAUAUGGAAUGGUUACUGCUGCCUGUACAUAUGAAGGAGAAAACACCGUUUUAUUACUGCAAACAGCUCGAUACCUCAUAAAAAGCUGGGAUGGCGCUCUGCAGGGAAAGUCUUUGGUUCCAACAUUGAGUUAUCUGAGUAAAUUCAUUAAAACUCGAAAUCAGCAAAACUGGAAUUCAUCGAUUACUGGCAUUGUAGCAGCACUGCAGGCAGUAUCUGCGAAUAAACUUCGAUUGGCUUACGAGCAUUUGGAAGAGCGAAAGAAAAAAGGUUAUUCUUAUGAACAUGCAGCGAAUGCAACAUCCAUCGAAUUGGUGCAAUGUGCUGAAUCCCAUUGUCGUGCAUUCCUAGUGAGCUCUGCUUAUGAAAUGACGAAAGAUCUAGAAAAAAAACUAUCACCACAGUUAUCAAAAGUCAUUCAACAACUAAUUGAAUUGUAUGCGGUUGAUACGUGCUUGAAAUCGUUAGCAGACUUACUUCGGUUCACCGCUAUAUCUGAAUCGGAUAUUCAAAAACUAAACCAGAAGUUGGAGAUUUGUUUGGCUGACAUACGACCAAAUUGUGUGGGAAUUGUUGACGGAUUCGAUAUUCCAGACGGAAUACUCUGUUCAGCGCUGGGUGCAUAUGAUGGAAAUGUAUAUGAGCGUUUGUACGCCGAAGCACAAAAAUCCCCACUUAACAAAGCAACUGACAACAAAGCAUUCCAUUUGUAUUUAAAACCAUUUCUGAAAUCAAAUUUAUAAGCAUCAUUUUUACUAGAAAUUUCUGCAAGAACAUUGUCUUUUUCAAAAUUAUGUGAUUUUCGUCAAUAUGUUAUAUCGAAAUAACUGGGUGAAAUACUGGAAUUAUCAAAAUCUAAUAUAGUAUCAAAAAAAAUCAAGAAAGUUUUACUAUAUCUUGUGCUAUAUAUCUUUUCAAUUUAUGAUGUAUAUGAAUUUUUCGUUUCCCGUAUACAGAAACAAUUUUUUUUUUUUUAAGUUUUUAUUUCACAAAAUUAAUACUUUAUUUUUUCUGCACUUUGCAUUUAGUUAAUUAUCAACUAAAACUAUGGUCUGGCUUGCAUUCUAUAGAAGAUAGCUACUUUUGCAAAUGAAAAUUGUACAUUUAAGCAUGCACAUUUUUUUAUAUUGCUCGAAACUUACAAAAUUGGUGCUGUACUUUUAAAAAUAUCCAUAUAAAAUUGGAAAAUUGGGAAUUUUGGGAUUAUGUAAAUAAUUAUUACAUGUAUUGGUAAAUAAGCUGUAAACGUUCAAUAUUGAAUAAAGUUUUAAAAACAA